CCUUACCACCGUUAUCAACCGACCGAUUGGAGCCGCCGCCCGCCAGUCGUAUAAAAUUUGGCCCGCCGGCGCCUUCUUUCUCCGUUUUUGCGUUUCCCUUCUUAUACACUCUGCCUCCUUCUUUCUCUUCUCGCAGUCUCCAUCCAGCCGGAGAGUGCCAAAAUGUCGGGCCUGACCUGCAACUCUUGCAACAAAGAAUUCCAAGACGAUGCUGAGCAGAAGCUCCAUUACAAGUCUGAUUGGCAUCGCUACAAUCUCAAACGCAAGGUGGCUGGGGUUCCAGGAGUUACGGAAGCAUUAUUUGAGGCUAGACAGUCUGCAAUUGCUCAAGAGAAAGAUAAGUCUCGUGAGACCCCGAUGCUGUAUACUUGCACCCUUUGUGGCAAGGGUUAUCGAAGCAUGAAAGCUCACGAGCAACACCUUAAGUCGAGGGGCCACAUCUUGAGGGCUUCUCAGGGCACAAUGUUGGAAGAAGAGGAAACAAUAAUCAAGCCACGUCCUCAACGGGUAGUGAACAGACCUCCGCAGAAAGAGGAGAGUGAAGAAAGUGAUGAGGAUGAUGAUGAGUGGGAAGAGGUUGACCCAGAUGAAGUAUUGGUUGGUGAUGCCACCAAGUCAAUGACUGGUUUGAAUGUGGAUGGAGUAGGCGCCAGCAAUGAUAUGGAUGAAGAUGAGGAGGAAGAAGAAGAUGCUGAUUUGUUUGAUCCUAGUGUUUGCUUCAUGUGUGAUCAAGAGCAUGACAAUACAGAAGGGUGCAUGGUGCACAUGCAUAAGCAGCAUGGGUUCUUUAUUCCUGAUUUAGAGUAUUUGAAGGAUCCGAAGGGGUUCCUUACUUAUCUUGGUCUCAAGGUGACGAGGGAUUUCAUUUGUUUAUACUGCAACGAUCAACGUCAGCCAUUUAGCAGCGUAGAAGCAGUUAGGAAGCACAUGGAAGCAAAAAGUCACUGCAAAGUCCAUUAUGGUGAUGGGGAUGAUGAAGAGGAAGUCGAGUUGGAGGAGUUUUAUGAUUAUAGUAGCAGUUACAUGGAUGAGGAUGGAAAACAGCUGGUUGCUUCAGGGGAUAUGGACAACACCCUGGAUCUCGGGGGUAGUGGUUCUGAGCUAAUUAUCACUUCGAGGACUGAUGGUAAAGUACUAUCUAAAACACUUGGUUCCCGAGAAUUCCUCCGUUAUUAUCGCCAGAAGCCACGACCACCUGCAAGUGAUGUCCCCAUGACUGCCACCUUAGCUGCUAGGUAUAGGAGCAUGGGGUUGGCAACGGUACAGUCGAAAGAGCAGUUUGUGAGGAUGAAAGUGAUGAAGGCAAUGAAGCGAUCAGAUGUCGAGGUGAUGCGCUCUAAGAUUGGCAUGAAAAGCAACGUUAUAAGGAACCUGCCCAAUAAUGUCCCGUAUUAGUCAUGCCACACAAGAAAUACAGCUUCAGUUACAGCUACAGCUACAGCUGAUGCUACUGGUUGGUCUCUACAUGUACUGGUCUAUGUGUCUUGGUAAAAGCCUAACAGCAGUUUCUACACCGACGUUAUUUUUCCUUAAAUUGGAUUUGCACUGGGAAUCAGAGCCUGGUAUUCUGGAUUUUGUUUAGUUGGAUGCGAAUUUGCCUAGCUGCUUCUUAUUUCCGUUAUGUGACCAUGUCAAUGGCAUUUGUAUUUGAACUGAAAUCAGGAUUGUCUUGUGCUGCCGGACUUCUGUAUGGCCCGACCCCCUAACACCGAAAGACUGAACUGAUUCCUCAAUCAGAGAUGUGUGUUCGAGAUGAGCGAGCGCUGAGAUCCUCUCACUAGAUGCAGAUGUGCCAAUCAGGACUCGUUUGGAGAACUGGGGAGGCUCAGAUACUAAUACGAUAUGACCCAUUGUGGAUGCCAGAAGAACUUUGAACUCUUCGGGGAGAGAAGUGUUUGAAAGCUUUGAUCCUACAAGUCUUUUAGAGGCCAGAGCGGGAACAGCUACAGUGUUCUUCCGGGUCAAUAUAUUGGGCGGCAAUAAUGGGUCAGCGUGGCC